AUUAUUUCCGAAUAAGAACGGGUAACGAGCAUCAGCCCAACAAGGAGCAUAGCUGCUCACCCAUCUCAGUGAGCAGGAGCCCCAGGGUGGCCAGUUGUUCGCCCGCCCCGCAGCUGCGUUUUUCGCACAGGUUUGAAAUGUUGGCACGAGAAGGCGAGCAUUUCAACACCGGCGAUCGUUUCUGCUGCAGCUGAAAGCACAACUGCCAAGGACCAGCCAAAGAGUUGGCAGCCCCGGCAAAGCCAUACCCCCGCGCGAAGAGCCACAGCGGAAAACAAGAAGCGAGAGCAGCUUUCUCUCCCCCAACCGAGGCUUCCUCAGAAACGCCGCCAUGAGAGCUAGCACAUUCUAAAUUGUACAAGGAUGGACAGUGAGGUACAGAGGGAUGGGAGAAUACUGGAUUUGAUUGAUGAUGCAUGGAGGGAAGAUAAGUUACCAUAUGAAGAUGUGGCAAUACCACUGAAUGAGCUUCCUGAGCCAGAGCAAGACAAUGGUGGCACAACAGAAUCUGUGAAAGAACAAGAAAUGAAAUGGACUGACUUGGCUUUGCAGUAUCUUCAUGAGAACAUUCCUCCAACAGGAAACUAGUCUACUUCCCAUAGUAAUUUCUAUAGAAAAUGUUUCUGGCAGCUUUUCAUCAUUCUAAAACGGGAAGAAAACUUUUUGCUUCUAAGUUGAGGAUCCGAUUUCUGGCCUUAGCAGCUCCACACAACUUACAAUUUGUUGACAUUUCUUAGAAAAAUACCUUCAGAUACCAAGGAUUUGUGUCUGUUUGUUUUUAAUAAUGUUUCAAGAUUAGGUUAUGCGAUAAGAGCCAAUAAUACAAAAUCUUAUCACCGUAAUAAUAAACAUGUCUCUA